ACACAAUGCUAUCAAUGGCCAAUGAUCGGCCUACAAAUUCUACCUGACGCCAUCAUAUUUGUCGCGUUAUACGAAUGCAUUGAGUUGAUAUAUUUUAUAUUACACAGUGUUAUCAAUGGACGACAAAGCGGCCUAGAAACUGGACCUGACGCCAUCAUAUCGGUCGCGUUAUAUGAAUGCAUUAAGUUGAUAUAUUUUAUAUUACAUAAUGUUAUCAAUGGCCAAUGAGCAGCGUAGAAAUUAUACUUGACACCAUCAUAUUUGCCGCGUUAUAGAAAUGCAUUGAGUUGAUAUAUUUCUCUUACACAUUGUUAUCAAUGGUCACUGAGCGGCUUAGAAAUUCUACCAGACGCCAAGCGUUAUAUGGAUGCAUUGCGUUGAUGUAAUGUACAUUACACGAUGUUAUCAAUGGCCAAUGACUGGCUUAGAGAAAUUCUACCUGACGCCAUCAUAUCUGGCGCUUUAUACGAAUGUAUCGUGUUGAUAUAUUAUAUAUUACAUAGUGUUACGAAUGACCAAUGCGCAUCCUAUAGAAAUUAAACAUCGGUAAGCAAAUAAUUUACACGGUAGAAUAUUCGCAAGAAAAAAGAAUAAUCGCAAAAAAUAUACUCAUUGCCAUAUGAGUACUGAAAGAAAAUAAAAAAGAAAAAAAAACUGUACGUUCACAUGUGUUGCGCUCUUGCUCCUCCAGCAACGGUGAAAAAGGUCCCCACCAAAAAAGAGAGAGAAAGAAAGCAACGGUGAAAACAUAUUCCUAGAAUCGACCGUGCUCUGUCCCCCCCUGCCCUCUCACUCUCUCACCCCUUUGACUUUGUCGCAAAAGUCAAGUGGGGACCUUGCCCCACCCCUCCAGAGACCACGAGGCCGGCUCCCGAUAAAACGCAGCCCCCUCGCCCCCCUCUCUCCUCCUUUUCAGACACCACGAGCGAGGCCGGAUCCAAUGCCCAUCCCCACCACCACCAUCUCUCUCCUCCCACCAACAGCGCCAACAAUAAACUAGAACCAAAAGUCAGCGCCCCCCUCCUUUCCUUCCUCCAUAGCCAGCAAGAACCAACUCUCCCCGCGCGAGCCGACCAUGGACAGGGACGCCGGGUGCUACUACCUCGGCGGCGGAGGCGGCAACGACUGGGACCUCAACGCCGUCGUGCGCUUCGCCUGCCGCGGCCGCGUCCUCCCGCCGCCGCCCUCGGAGGACCCCUUCUCCUCCUUCUUCCCCCCGCCCGCGCCCGUCGUGGAGGACCACGGGAUGCCUGACGCGGCGGCGUUGCUCCCUGAUCCGCCCGUCGACGGGGGCUCUGCUGCCGUCGACGAGCUCUCCAUUGCCUUCUUCGCGCCGUCCGCGGCGCUGCCGUCCUCGCCUCAGCCGCCGCCGCCGCCGCAGCAGCAGCAGCAGCCAGCGGCGCCAACGAACCAAGAAAUGGUCCCGAUGCAGCAAGACGAGGCGGUGCCGCCUCCGAUGCUGCUGACCGCGGGCGGGCAAGGCCCUGUCGGCGAAGGGUCGAGAUCCAAGAGAAAGAAGAAGGUGGUGAAGAAGGUGGUGAAGCGGGUGGCGGCGGACGGCACGUCGGCGGACCCGUGGGCGUGGCGCAAGUACGGGCAGAAGCCCAUCAAGGGGUCGCCGUACCCGCGCGGGUACUACCGGUGCAGCACCGACAAGGCGUGCGAGGCGCGGAAGAUGGUGGAGCGCUGCCGCGACGACCCCAACUCCUUCAUCCUCACCUACACCGGCGGCGAGCACAGCCACCCCGCCCCCGCCCACCGCAACUCCCUGGCCGGCACCACUCGCAACAGGCAGCAGGCGCCGGAACCUGCUGCCGGACAGAGCGCUCCCGCCGCCAAAGCCAAGGAAGAGUCGUCGUCGGCGGCGGCGGAGCCGAGCCCAGCGCAGUCGACGUCGGGCGGGAUGUCCCCGACGACGCCCCUGCGCACGCCCUCCAUGGAGGAGUACAACCAAGACUCAGAAUUCGACGAGGCCGCCGGCGGCGCAAGUCAGCCGCCCAUGGACGUCGAGAAGGACCGCGAGGAUGAGCUGCUGAAGAUAUUGGAGGGGUGCGUGCACGGCGGCGACUCCAGCAUCGUCGUCGAGGAGACGUUCGUGGUCACGCCGUGGGUCACGGCCCCCGGCGGCGCGGCCGGGUGGAGUUGACUCCGCCGUUACCGUCCGUACAUUGCCAUAUAUAGCAGCAUGCUGUUCAUUAUAAUCCUGGCUCGUUGCAGCAGCAGCGGUAGCAGUAGAAACAUAAGAAAAGAAAAGAAAAAAGAUAGAGGUGGAAGAGAGCAUCUGAUCCAUGCUACAACCCCAGUGCCAGCCGGCCAGUAGUUAUUCGCCUAGUGUAAUUAAGUGCUAAUUAGCUCUGGAGUAAUACAGUAGCGAGUGUUCUUUGA